AUGGACAGCGACCCGAGUACGUGGGCCGAGUGGACGGAGCUUCGUCGCAACUGGCACCAGUCCACCACCUUCAACGACCUGAUCGAGGAGGCGGGCUACCCUCGCUACCCCAAUGACUCAUACCCGCAGAACUCCAUUCUGACGGUGUACGCCUGUCCGGAAGAGCUCAACUAUGGUCCGCUUCGGGCGCUGCCCUGGUUCAACCUGGAGGUCUUUAAUCCUCCAAAGGAUGAGGGUCUGAAGCCGCUCACCGAGCUGGGCGUUCCUCAGUCUUUCCUUUCUGACGACAUCGGCGGUCGUUUUAGUGGUCAUCUGAUCUAUGCCAGCCUAGGCAGUAUGGGAUCAGUUGACCUUGAUCUAAUGGAGCGGCUAAUCAGUGCGCUGUCUACAUCGCCUCACAAGUACAUCAUCUCCACGGGACCUAGGCACGAGCAACUAUUGGGUGGAAAGCCACUGCCAGCAAACAUGUGGGGUGGGCCUUUCCUUCCGCAGACCUCCAUCAUUCCUCAUGUUGAAAUCGUGAUUACUCAUGGUGGAAACAACUCGGUGACAGAGACUUUUGCCGCGGGCAAGCCCAUGCUUUGUCUUCCUCUUUUUGGCGAUCAGUUUGACAAUGCACAGCGGCUGUUGGAGACUGGCUACGGCAGAAG